UAGUUGUCAGUUUCCGUUAAUAAUGAUAUAUACAUGUAAUUUAAAAUAUUAAAUGAGCAGAAACACAUAAGAAGAGAAACUAGUGAUACAGAAUUUACUUGGUUAUAUAUAUAACGAACGUUAAAAUAUGUUUAAACAAAUUCGGAGAACAAAUGUUAUUGACAAAUUUUAGCGAUGGAGCAUCCUUGUCCUCACUGCAACAAGACAUUUAGCAGUGAAUUUGCAAGAAAACGUCAUUUGGACAUACAUUCAAACAAAGUGAAAUUGAAAUGUAAUUUUUGUGGAAAAGAAGUAAAUCGAAAAGACAAUUUCGAACGUCAUUUGAAGACAUGUGAGAAGAGUAAAACGUGUUCCCAUUGCGAGAAAUGUUUCAAAACAUCCAUUCAACGACGUAUCCAUAUACUUAAAGAACACAGGGAUAAGUUGUUGAAGUGUGAAAGGUGCAAAAAAGAAUACUUGUGUGAAAAGACUCUUCAGCAACAUCUAGGAAGAUGCAAGAAUAAUUAAGAUCUUCCGGGACCUAGUAAGAGAUCUGAUGAAACUCAACAUGAGAGUUAUCAAGAUAUUGCGGGACCUAGUAACAGAUCUGAUGAAAUGCAGAAUGAGGAACCCGUUGAGAGAUAUACAUGUAGAACUUGUCAUCUCAAAUUUGAUUCGCGUCGUAAUCUCUUUGUUCAUCAGAUGAAUGAACAUUUUCAAGUGGGAGAGGGACAGUUGCAGGCCAGACCAUGGGGAAAUGGAUCCCCUCCUUGGGAAGAAGGUGGGAUAGUCGACCACAACUUAAAAGAAGUUUAUGAAACGAAUGCCCCAAUUAUAUUACGACGUCAUCAAGAGGGGACUGUUUGUAGUAUUUAUAACUUUCCCAUAGAUAAUCAGUUUUCUGUUGGGGAAAUAAUGCAAGCAGCCAAUGAAAUAUACGAUCGUCAAAAUAGAGCUUUCAGAUUAAAUUUAGAAUUUGGUCUCAUAUUGGUUAACAGCGAAACAAAAGAAUUUAGAUAUUUUAAACCCCAUCAUAAUCAGGAAGUUUUUCAGAGACCCAUUUACGUGUCGCGGCGCGAACAUUUAAAACGUUUGCAGCAGCGAAUGCAACGACUUAACAUUACUGAUUACAUACUACGUCAACGCCCCGACACAAAAUGGAAACCUUAUUUAAUAACCAAUGUUCGCAUUGUCAUAUAUCACUUGAAUUUUGUUUUGGGAAAUGCGGAAGUAAUUUUACCUCCUCACAUUAGUCAAUCAAAAUCUAUUAUUAAGCUGACCAAGGACAGGAAUGGUCAAGGAUAUACAGAUAAUCUUUGUGCGUUCCGCUGUUUAGCGGUUUAUCAAGAGUAUUAUCCCUCGGGCUUAGAAUCUCGCACAAAUAUUUUAUUUCAACAUUGGGUCUCAUUUCAAAAAGCUCACCAAAGAGAAGUGGAUGCGAAUCCUAAAACAUUCCCGGGUAUCACUUUGAACGAAAUAAUCUAUUUUGAAAAAUGCUUCAGAAUCAAUGUUAAUGUCUUUUCAUUGAAUGAAAGUCAAUCGGCACAGUCUAUCUACAAAUCCAUGUGUAAAUUCUCGGACACCAUUUAUUUAAAUCUUUACGAGCACCAUCUGUCUUACAUCUCGAAUUUUAAUGCUUAUGCCAAAAAAUUUCUGUGCAAAACAUGUCGUCGCCAUUUCAAUCAUCUGAAAAAUAUGAAACGACAUCAGCGUGUUUGUUCGGGAAAAACAAAGAGAAGAUUUCAGGGAGGGUUUCAUUAUUCUCAAAAUACUGUGUUUGAUAAAUUAAACCAAUUUGGCAUAAGUGUUCCCGAAAACGAAAGAAUUUUCGAGUGGUUUCUAGUGUAUGACUUUGAGUCCAUGCUGGUUCCCAUGAACACAGAAAGUUCUGGUUCUCAGCAAUAUACAGACACCCAUGUACCUAUCUCUGUUAGUAUAUGUUCUAACGUAGAUGAGUACACCAAACCACAUUGUAUCAUUGAACCAGAUAUCAACACACUAGUGAAGAACAUGGUUCAGUGCAUGACAAUGAUAGCUAAUAGGGCUGCUGAACAAGCAAAAGAAAAAUUUGCCUACGUGUUCGAGGCACUCGAUAGCUCUGUGUUUGAUGAAAAUAUGGAUGAGAACAUGGCCGAGUACCUCGAACAUGAAGACGAUGUCCAAAAAAUGGUGGAUGAGGAAAAACAAUACGCCGAAGAACUAAGAUUGGAAAUGGAAGAAUAUUGCGAGCAGAUCAUAUGUAUCGGCUUUAAUUCUGCAAAAUAUGACAUCAAUUUGAUCAAAAGCUAUCUCAUCAAACAUCUCGAGCUAGAUUCGACAAAUGGCACAUUCACCGUCAAGAGAAAUAAUGCUUAUGCCUGCAUAAGUACUCGUAAGUUUAAAUUUUUAGAUAUUACACAUUAUCUGAGUCCCGGCAUCAAUUAUGCAGGGUUUUUACGUGCUUUCGAUGUACAAGAAUGUAAAGGUUUUUUUCCCUACCAAUUUCUAGACUCUGUUGAAAAAUUAAAUUCCCUGAACUUCCUCCACACGAAGCUUUUUAUUCGUCUUUGA